CAGGAAGUCAAUUUCAAUUUUAAACGUGUCUGCAUAGACGAUUCGUUUCUAAGCUGUACAGAGGUUUACGUUUUAGUCUUACAGAGACAGCUUAUAGAAUAGCAGGGUCAAUAACCACACAAAUAUGGCUGCUGACUACCUGCAACCUUUUCAGUAUGACAUGCCAUUUUCUGAUUGUCGUGGAAACAACACCCAUAAGAUAAAUGAUUAUACAUUAACAUGGAAUCAAAAAAGACAUGACGGGAUAUGUGUUAGCAAUAGGCCAAUUAAAAAGGGUGACAGAUACGAGUUGGUUGUUAAAGGUGACGGUCGCGUGAUUGUUGGAAUAUCUGAUAGACCACCAUCUUUAAACGAUAUACGGAGUGGUGCAGUUUCCUUGGAUUCGAUAUGUACACUUCUUUAUCAAAUUCGUAUAAAGAAGAAUAUAGCAAAUUUAUUGGUGGAAUGCUUAGAAAAGGGGAAGAUCUGGAUUUACGAUAAAGACGAUGUAGGAUCGAAGAGACAUGUCAAUUACACGAAGAAGACUAAAUCAUAUUAUUUAUAUUGUGGUUUAUUAUUUGGUGAUAUUGAUGUUACUUUUAGAAGUGUGGUUCCAACUAAAGUCAAGCAAAUGCACUGGAACGUGUCGUGUGGUUUAAAUGUGGAACAGCUACAGGGCGGUGCUACAACAAAACUAAGGUAUUCGAAUCCGCUGGCUCUGUGUGGAUGUCGUGUACCGAUGACUACAGAUAAGACUAUUAUGUUAAGAGUAGAGCAAAUACCUAAUUGUAAUUGGUCCUAUCUUUCUGUUGGCGUGUCCAACAAAACUCCACAACAACUGCACCUUGAUUCUAUACAAGACUAUUAUACAGGAGAAGUCUUUAAACACAUCUGCCCGCUGGUUAAAUUUAAGAGAGAUACUUCGGGAAUUUUUAGUAUUAUGUGGAAUGGUGGUGAUAGCAUAACUUGUAUUAAUGAUGGUAGAAAAACCAAUAUAGAGGUUGUCUCCCCUACUACUACUACCCACCGACCCAUAUAUCUUAUACUAGAGUUGUUCAGAAUAAAAGUUUCCAUAGCAACAAUGCAUAAAGGAGAAGAUGGUGGAUAUAUAGAAAUCAUUGAUAGUCCGCCUCCGAGCUUGCAAGACUCAGUCGAGAACCGGUCUACAUAUUUAACUGCAGUAGCGGACCACAAUCCAACAGGGCUUGGGAACCAUUCUGCGUACUUGACUGCAGUUGCGGACCAUGUCAGGUCAACAUCAACAGCGACGGAUACGAACCAAUCCCGCCUGAGUUCAUCUGAAAGUGGUUCGGAGACGUAUCUUCGUGUUAAUCCUAUGGGUUCUCAAACCAGCAUAGAUUCAAUGGACCUUUUCGGAGAUGGCCAUUACACAUAUGACAACACGGAUAAGCCAGGGGAAGUAACUGAGCUAAAAACAGACGAGAAUCCCAAUCAAGGAAGAGUUGAUCCAUUUUCAACAGACGAAGAAUCUUUGGAAACACCUACCGUUAAUAAACCAGACACCCAAGAGGAAUCGGUGACCUCGCCCACAGAAUGCGAGUUGUUUGAAAUACCCACAUUAAAUAACUCCAACACCCAGGACGGCUCGGUGGCCUCACUCACUGAAGAACAAUGGCUGGAUGCACUUCGAACUAAUCAUUCGUUUCUCGUGGAAAAUAUGGACGCCAUGAGACUAGCCGAUAAACUGUUUGAACAAUGUAUAAUACACGUUAAUGAUCAUGAAGCGGUUGAAAGGGAAAGAAGUAAAAAUGAAAAAUCACGUUGUUUAAUUAGAGUUUUAAGACGACAGUCUGGUAAUGUUAAACAAAUAUUAGCGUCAUUAGCAGAUACAUCACAGAGCCAUAUUGUUGAUAUGUUGUCAAAAACUAAGAGCAAAUGAUCAUAUAUAUUAUAAUAUAACAUUGUUUUCAAUGGCUGUUUUAUAUGACUGACAAUGGUAUAUUGCCUGUCCUCCGGCUACGGCACUCCCAACGAAAUGUGCUGUGGACUUUUCCACUUGUUAAUGUUAUAUCUGAGGAGGUGCUUGUUCUUAUGGGCUGUAACAUACAGAGAAAUACAUACCACUUGGCUUCGUAUAUCAAUAAAUACAUGUAUUUCAGCAGAUCAAGGAGAGCUCAACAAAGUAGAUGUGUUAAGUUGAACUACUACUAGUAGUAAAGUAUGUGUUAUGUUGGUAUACUAGUAGUAAAGUAUGUUAUGUUGGUAUACUAAUAGUAAGGUAUGUGUUAUGUUGGUGUACUAGUAGUGUAGUAAAGUAUAUGUUAUGUUCGUAUACUAGUAAUAAAGUAUGUGUUAUGUGAUGGAUAAUGGCCGAAGACUGUCCAUUAUGUAAAUAGAAAGAACAACUGAGGGGCGUCAGCCCCGAAGUUUUUCUUUGUAUUUACAUAAUGGACAGUCUGAGGCUAUUAUCAAACUUAAAACAUAGCACCAUAGAGAUACAAAUAAUGGAUAGUUUUCUAAAACAACAAGCCAUUAUUCUUAAAACAACAUGCACAUGCUCAUGAAUGCAUGUGAAAAAACACUCCACUCAUACAAUGCAAGCAUACACAGACAGUCAAAAAUAUAUUCGACAUGGAGACGACAUGUUUAUAACACAGUCGAAAACAAAUAUAAAUAAUGAGAAUAUAUGUGAUAAGCAUUUGGAUACUGAUUACAUUGGUAAUGUACUCUAUAUGGAAGAUAAUAGCCGUAAAAAUUGUGAUGGUCUUGAUAUGGGGGAAUAAUAGCCGUCAAAGUUGUGAUGGAAAGGCUGCUCACGAGAAUGAUUUAGAUAUUGAUAAUAUUCUUAGUACUGUGGUUAAUAUGGAGGGUACCGGCCGUCCAAAUUUUUAUUUAAAAUUUAAUAUAUGGUGUAACGGUGAUAUAUUUGAACGUUUGUUUAUAAAGGGAUAAAAAUUGUGACCUGUAUAGGUUCCACAGGCUCAAAAGACGUUUUUUUGUUCAAUCAGAUCCACAACAACCUCAUUAACAUCACAACAGACAUGCUAAUUCCACCAAAUAGGACAACUAGACACACGCACCCUCAAACUUUCCAAAUUCCAUCUGCCAGGAAUGACACCAAGAAAUUCUCCUUCUUCCCAAGAACAAUAUAUAGUGGAAUGCUUUACCACCAGACAUUCCAUCCUCCGACACUCUCGAGAUCUUCAAGUCCAUGUUGUCUGGGGCUCUGUGAGCUUCGACACCACGUCAUUUUUAUCCUGUUUUUUUUUUAACUUUUCUUCCCGUUUUUAACUUUUCAUCAUCACGCCGGCCAUGCGCAACCCAUACCGUGUCAAAAUAAUCAACCAUGAUUGUGGACACUACCUGGUAGAAGUAGAAGAAGUAGAAAAUCAGGGGCCAUAAUCCAGGAAGUUAGGGGCCAAUAUCGCAAGGAAUCGAAAUCUUUGGGUUAUAAACACACAUGUUCAGUUUCAUCAAAAUGGGCUAAUAAUAAUUGUGACCUCCAGUGUGUACAGUCAGGGGCCAUAAUCCAUGAAGUUACGGUCCCAUACAAAAACAAUAUCGAAAGGAACCGAGGUCUUUGGGAUAUAUACCUGUAUUUCAAGUUAUGACCCGUAGAGUGUCCACAAAGAAGGUGUGAAAAUGUAGGCCUAUAAAAACGUAUCAUCGAUCUAGUGCCGAACGUACUAUUAAACAGACAAGUGACAUAUAACGGACGGAUUUAAGUGGAAUUCUUUAUGUAGACAAACACGUGAAAUCAACAUUCGGUCAUGUGACAUUUCGGUAACUAUGAUCGAGGUUUUAAAGUAAUUUCAUGUUCUGUAAUUUAAUUUGUUCAGAGAAUAAAUUAUC